AAUAAAAUUAAAAAAUGGCUGCGCUCAGAGCUAGUGUUUCUAAAAUUCUUGCAAGAUACGACGCUCGAAUCAACGAAUUUCUUCCUCCCUUAGGAAAAAAAUUUUGGAAUCACGAAGCAGGGCCAAAAACCAUAUUUUUCUGGGCACCAACGUUCAAAUGGGGCUUAGUGAUUGCGGGAAUAGCUGAUUAUACAAGACCAGCUGAAAAACUUAGUGUAUCUCAGUCUUUGUCUUUGACUGCAACUGGGUUUAUCUGGUCACGCUAUUCAUUGGUUAUUAUACCCAAGAGUUGGAAUUUAUUCAGCGUGAAUUUUUUCCUAGGUUUAACUGGUUUAAAUCAGCUUUAUCGUGUCUGGGAUUACCAGAGAAAUUUAAAAUCAGAUUCUAAAGCAGCAGAAAGUGACUCAAACUCUGUGUGAUAUUGAAAUAUUUUGUUCAAAAUUUCAAAUGGACUCAAAACAUGGAACAUGCACCUUUUUGGUAGAUUAAGGGUAAAAUUAGAAUUGAGGAGAUGGGGACGAUUUGUAUUAUUAAAACUAUUAUUUCUA